AUGAUGUUGUCCUUAAACAACCUACAAAAUGUCAUCUAUAACCCGGUUAUCCCCUACGUUGGCACCAUUCCUGAGCAAUUGGAGGCUGGGACUUUGAUUGUAAUACGUGGGCAUGUUCCUGGUGAUUCAGACAGAUUCCAGGUAGACUUACAAUGUGGCAGCAGCAUGAAACCUCGAGCUGAUGUGGCCUUUCAUCUCAAUCCACGUUUUAAAAGGGCCAACUGCAUUGUUUGCAAUACGUUGAUCAAUGAAAAAUGGGGACGGGAAGUCAUCACCUAUGAAAUGCCUUUUCAAAAGGAAAAGUCUUUUGAAAUUGUGAUCAUGGUGCUGAAGGACAAAUUUCAGGUGGCUGUAAAUGGAAAACACACACUGCUCUAUGCCCACAGGAUUAGCCUGGAGAAGAUCGACACUCUGGGCAUUUACGGCAACGUUAACAUUCACUCUGUUGGUUUUAGAUUCAGUUCGGAUUUACAAGGUACCCAAGUAUCCACUGUGGAGCUGACACAGAUAAAUAGAGAAAAUGUACAAAGGUCUGGCAUCUCACAGCUUCCUAGUAAUAGAGAAGGAGACAUUUCUAGAGUCGUACCCAGAACUGUCUACACCAGGAACAAAGAUUCGACUGUCAGUCACACUUUGACUUGCGCCAAAAUACUACCUACCAACUAUGUUUCAAAGACUCUGCCAUUUGCCGCAAGACUCAACUCUUCAAUGGGCCCAGAACGGACUGUUGUCAUUAAAGGAGAAGUGAAUACAAAUGCCAAAGGCUUUAAUGUUGAUCUGGUAGCAGGAAAAUCAAGAGAUAUUGCUCUACAUUUGAACCCACGCCUGAAUGUUAAAGCAUUUGUAAGAAACUCUUUUCUUCGGGAGUCCUGGGGAGAAGAAGAGAGAAAUAUUACCUGUUUCCCAUUUAGUCCUGGAAUGUACUUUGAGAUGAUAAUUUAUUGUGAUGUUAAAGAAUUCAAAGUUGCGAUAAAUGGUGUACACAGCCUGGAGUACAAGCAUAGAUUUAAAGAGCUUAGCAACAUUGACACGCUGGAAAUCGAUGGUGAUAUCAACUUAUUGGAAGUAAGAAGCUGGUAG